AUGUCUUCUUCAGCCGGGGUGAGUGUACGCGGCGUGACUUUUGACCUCGAUGAUACGUUGUGGUGUGGUAAAACGCUGAUUGACAAAGCUAGCACCGCCUUUCACGCAUACUUGGCGCAAACGACGCCGCAGCUGGCUGACAAAUUCCCUCCUGCUGCGUUUGACGCGCUUCUGAUGGACUUCCAGCGUGCUGUGCCCGACAAAGCACACGACUACACUUUCCUUCGCAAACAUACGCUUCGUCAUUGUGUGAGUCUUUGCGGCGCUCCGAAUUUGAAUCUCCACGACCAAAUGCAGCUCGAAGCUUUCGUCGACGCUGCGUUCCAAGCUUUUCUUGUCCCACGCAGUCAACCAGAGCUCUUCGACGGCGUAAAGAGUUUGUUUCAAGAUUUGCGAGAGGAGAUCAGACGGUGUGGAGGCGAGAAUGAUCCCGUGUUGGGGGUCAUUACGAAUGGCAAUUGUGAAAUGAACCACCUGCCUCGAUAUUUCCAUCAUCACGUAAACUUUGUGGUGUCUGCAGAGCUCGUGGGUGCAGCAAAGCCGAGUCGAGCCAUUUUUGAUGCGGCGGUCACUCACUUUCCAUCUUCGCUGGAAAACCGCCAGCAUAUUGUGCAUGUCGGCGACCACUACGAGUGCGAUGUGGAAGGAGCGAAACGCGCGGGAUUGCGCACGAUUUGGAUAAAUGCGAAGUGGGCAAAGCCCGAUGCAUUGACUCGAGCUGAUUUAUCCCCGGAAGAAGCAGAACAGUAUGGUGCAGCAGACGCGAUUGUGAAAGAAGUGAAUGCUGUACUUCUUGUUGUCCAGUGCUGGAACGCUCUUGCUGUGACGUUGGAAUGA